AAUGGCGGAUGUUGAUGUUUUGAAAUAAUGUUGAUCUAGUUUUCCACAUUUUUUAAAGCAACAGAUCUCAAAUAACACGUAGUACGUGUCAGUUACUGUGCAAAUUUUAUUCAUAAAUAUUAUUAUAUAAAUCUAUUGAUCACACAUUAAGACCAUUGCAGUUAGAAAUGUAAAAUCCACAGAAGCCAUGUCAGAAUGUUAUUUGUAACUGUAAAAAAAUUGAUCACCAAAAGUAGUAUGUAGAAUAAAAAAGAUAUUAAAGAUGGACGUGGACAAAAUAACAAUAGAAGACUGCAUGUGCAGUAUAUGCAUGUGCAUAUUUGUAGAACCAGUUACGAUGCCAUGCACACACACUCUAUGUAUGCCUUGCUUCAAACAAAAUGUAGAGGCAACAAGUUUGACCUGUCCUUUGUGUAGAAAGAGGAUAUCUACGUGGGCAAGGAAGGCAGCUAGGGAAAAGUGUCUUGUCAAUAAGGCUUUAUGGGCAAAGAUUCAGAGUAUGUUUCCCGACAGAGUAGAAAGGAGACUUGAGGGGGAAGAUCAAGAAGAUGACAUGUCUAUUGAUGUUUUUCAUCCUAUUAUUAACUUGGCAAGGCCUGGAGAGAUAAGACAAGAAUAUGAAGAACAGUUGAAAAGGCUUGAGAAAGAACGGGAACUGGAGAGACAAAGAGAACAGGAGGCAAGCGAGGCUUUGAUUAGGAAGCUAGAGGAAGAACAGAAAGUCAAGUCUGUUCACCAGCAGCUGAUUGAAGAAAGAGAUCUGGAAUUAGCUAAAGAGUUAGAACAUGUAGUCACUGAGGCUGGUACAGAUAGUCCAUUCAAUUUACUAUUAAAGGAAUCCAAGAAUCGUUUAACACGCAGUAGAGGUUCAUCAGCUGCAAGUUCAAAGCAGAGUCCAUUAACCAUAGAAUCAUUUAUGCAAAAAAUGAGGGAUGCAGAGAAAAUGAAAGAAGCAGAUAGAUCUGCUGCUAGGAAUACAGACUCACCGUAUCCAUAUACCUGCUAUACUCCAUCAGACAAAGGCAACCUUUCACGUCCUUCUACAGUGACGAUUAGUUCAAGGUCAUCAAUGCGCUCGUCUACUAGUUGUACAAGUUACAAUACAGACCCUGACGUUGAAUGGGAACUUGUUACACACAAUGAGAAUUUAAUUGGACAGACUGAUCAGUUAGAAAACAAAGAUCGGAUGAAUAAUAUAUCGACUACUGCUGUCCGGAGUGAAAGCAGUCAAAGUUUGGAUAGUAUAAACCAAGAGUUGAAUCAUUUCAAACCAAUCAAGUCUUGUCCUGUAACUCCUCCAAAGAGAUCUGCAAGUGGUAAGAUAGUGGAAACACAGGUAAUAAGAACUACCCCAAGAAAUUUAUCAAUGGUGGACUCUUUUUCACCCACCACAUCAAAAACUAUGUCUGACAUAGACGCAGGCAGCCCUGUAAUGAAAAGACGCUUGUCGGAACUUGAAGAGGAAAGAAUGUCUCAAGUGGAGCAAAAUUCUAAAGCAACAGAGACUGCAUUAUGCAAUACGGAGGUGAAAAAAAAUGACAUUUCUAAAUAUUUUAAUAAAAAAUCCAAGUCUCCAUCUCCUUCAGAGAAUAUUCCAAAUUUUGUGAAGAAUGUAGAAAACAAUGGUAUAAUUCUGAAAAAAGUUGUGAUACCACUAGAACCUAUAUUUGACAGUAUUGAUGACAUCAGAGAUUUUGAUGAUGUCAUGGCGCCAUUAAUGGAGAUAAAUAAUAUUCAGAAAAGACCUUCUAUAAAAGACAAACCAUUAAAAGUUAGACAGAGGAAUAAUUCUAAACAGGAAAAUAUGAAUAAUAAUUCAGUUUUAAGUCCUCAGAGGUCGAUUACGGAUUGGUUGUCAAACACAAAUUGUGCUCUGAAAAGUUCAUUGAAUAGUAACAAUAAUUGUGGCCAGGAUAUGGAAGUUGAUUCUAAAGAGGGUAUAUUGAACUUAGAUAUAGCAGGUCAUGGUAAAAAUAAUAAGUUGAAACUAAAAAAAUAUCCAAAACGUAAGCAUGCAGCAUAUCAUAUAAGUGAUUAUGUGUAUCCACAACUAAGUCCCAAAAAAAGAAAGAUAUGCAUUGAGUUAAGUAGUGAUGAAGAAUCGAACAAUGGUGAAUCGGAGGACGAAAGUAUUGAUUCGGUUCCUUCUAGUCUGUCUUCAAUGAGGUCGACACGAUCUCUAAGAUCAGAGAGUGGCAGAAGGCAUUUAAAGUCUAAAAGACAAAGAGAAUCAACAAAAUUAAGAGAAAAUGGAAUGAAAAAACUUAAAUCUGUCGGACAUUCACGGCAUCUAGAGAAACAAGAACACAAAACUAUGCAUUCAUUUCUGCAACCAAAAGUUAAAAAUGUUCGGAUAAAAACAAGUACACAUAGUGCACAAACGGUAUGUGAUAGUGUAUUUAGUGACAGUAAUGUAAAGUCUGUUAAACUUACGCAAGAGGAGGCAGAUCGUCAACUGGCAUUACAGCUUGAAAAAAUGUUCAGGUACGAAGAAAAGAAUAAAUUGACUGCCAUAAGAAUAAAGGGAUCUGAUAAUGAAUAUAAUUUUAGGAGAAAGUCAAAACAUCUAUCAGAAGAACUUCUAUAGUUGACAGAAUGGAUAAAACAUCUAUCAGAAGAACUUUUAUAGUUGACAGAAUGGAUUUUUAGGCUAGAAUGUGAAAUAUGUUUAUUUGCCCUUGAACAAUUACAAAAUAUUAAUAUAACGUGAAAGAUACAUAUAGUGGGGAAUUUUACUUCCGAUUUCUUGUGUAGAAAUGAACAUUUCAAAAUUGAUUUUAUAGAGAAGGUUGAAAGAAUGUAAACAGACGACUUUUAUCCUGUUGUUCAUUUAAGUAAACUUUGUUUGUACAUGUAAUAUGGUAGAAUAUAGAAUCUGUAUUAAACUUCCUGAAUGAAUUCAAAUUUAGAUUCAAAUUCUCAAACAUUUUAAUAAGCCUAGCAUUAGCAAAUGGAUUACUCAUAGUCAUGUUAAGUGUUCAAGUGUUCAGAAAAUGAAACAAAAUACAAGUUUUGGUUCAGUAGCAAAGUGUACUUCAGAUAUGAUAUAUAUUUUUUUUAAUGUAUAAUGUUCAUAAAUCAAGGGAAAACUAUUUAAAAAAUAUGGUACCUAAGUGCUUUUCUUCUGCAUGUUCUAUAUAAAGACACAAAAGAUAAUUCAAUUUAUUAUAACAGAAAUGUCUACAAAACACAGCUGACUGAGCUUAUAUAUUAUGUAUUCUUUUUUCUUUUUGUGUAAAUACAUGUAUUAUCAAAAAGUGAGGAGAAAUCGAAAAUGUGAUAUGAUUGCCAAUUAGACAACUAUCCACAUGACCAGAGUUUAAAUGAAGUAGUAGUAAACAAUUAGGCCACGGUACGGCCUUCAAUAAUGAGAAAAAAACCAUACAUGUUGUCAGCUAUAUAUAAUUUACGAAAAACAAAUAUGACUAUGAUGACCGAUGCAUUAUGUAAAUUAGGUCAUGUUUCAUUUUUAUCACCCUCAAUCAACCUGAUAUAAACACGAGUGAUUUUUCACAGUGAAUACUGGGUAAAUGUGAGUGAUUCACUUAAUAGAGAUUUUAUUUUCUCCCUGUUUUAAUGUAUACAUGUACUCAAUAGAUGUAAUACCAUAUAGGGUUUAUGAUUUAUUAAUUAAGGUGCUAAUUUCUUCAAAAGUUAGGAUUCAUUCGAAAGAGUAAUUUGUUUAUAACUGAAUUACCUUAUGUGUUCUGAAUGUAUUUAUGUACAUGUAUGUCUUAAGCACCUUGUCAGUACAAGAUUAAAGGAUACAACUAAUUAAAUGAAUUUUUUAACCAAAUUUGGUACAUUAACAAUGGUUCCAAAAGAGGAAAAAAAUUCUAUUGAAAAAUCACAUCACGGUCAAUUAUAAUUUGGGGUUGCAAGGGAAGCUUUUUAGCAGCCCUUUUAGAAUUAAAAAGAAGAAAUAUCAAAUUAUCUUUUAACAUUUAAAGAAUCUAACGUUAAUCUUAUUUAGACUAGUGCAGAAUAUUUCAUCAGAUUAUAUCUACACAUGGUCCCUUCAUUGGAUUAAAUAACCCACAUUUUAAGCGUGCAGCCUUCAUCAGCAGAUCCAAAUAAAACAGAGAUACAUGUACAAAGUGAGAGUUUUUGUUAAACAUUUUUUGUAUAUCUAUAAAUACUCCCAAUUUCUAGGGGCAUUACACUUCCUUGUUAAAUAAUACUUGUUUAUGUGUAUAAAGUUUGAAUUGGAAAGUUCAGCUGUUAACUGUUUAUAAGAAGAAUAAAAUCACUUAUGGUUUAUUCCAUUCUUCAGAUGUAUAAGAAUCAAUAUACAUUUAGGUACACAAAUAUGAUGAAAAGUUUAUGAAUAAACUCAUCAUAGAUACCAGUAUUGAAAUUACAUUGUAUAGCUUUUUUUCUUUAGAACAUACUUGAUACAUCAUUGUUUUAUCUAUUCUUAUAGAGCCUUUUAAUGUUAAAGUUUUGAUUAGUAAAUAUAGUAAUAUCAUUUUAAGAAUUAAAUUGGGAGGAGGCAAUUUCUUUUUUAUCUUUCCAAUUUUAGAUGAUUAUGUUCUGUACUUUUGUAUAAAAUUUUAAAAAAAAUAUUGUACUUUGAAUUCAGGACUAAAUGCAAAUUUUGACUGAACAGUUCCAAUGUUAUAGCUAGGAUUUAAAAUGAAAGUUCACAAAAAAAACAUUUUCAGAGGGACUCAGUUUUGAAUUGAAAGGCAUGUCUGCACCAUUUCUUGUCUGAAAAGGGACAACUUGAUAAGUUUUUAAGAUAAAAAAAAAUGUAUUUUUAAUGCAUUUAUAGUACUUGUAGGUUGUAUAAAGCUUCACCAGAAGUAUUUUUUUUUUUUCUUUUUUUUUGCAUUUAAAAUUUAAUUUUCCUUUACAAAACAAACAAAAAUGCAAAAGGCAGCUGUGCCCCGAUUUUGGACUAGGUAGGACACUGAGGUCAUAUCUUAUUGUCAUGAAUAUACAGUAGCUUAAUUAUUUUUACAAGGAGAAACACACAAUGUAAAAUGAUUUUUUAAUAUUAGUACAGUUUAAAUUCUGUAUAAUAGUUUGUAUUAUGAUUCUAUUGAUUAUUUUAAACAAGGAUCUGAAAAAAUAAACAAUGCAUAAAAUGCCUAAA